AUGACCAAUGCUCUCUACUUCUCCAGUGGCGCUGAGGACCUCACUCGGGACCAGUUUGGUCACUAUGGUCUGGCUUUGAACCUCUACACCCAUUUUACCUCACCCAUUCGGCGAUACGCGGACAUUGUGGUACGAUUUUAUCCGUGCUUAGUUUUUACCUUUGAAAACACAGUCUAA